CAAUUCCAAUUCCAUAAUUUGAAUUCCGUGUACCAAACGGGGCCUCAGUGCUAUUGGAAAUUAGCUUUUGUCUUGUCUUUGUCUAUAAGAGUAAAAUUAUUUAAGCCAAACUUUAUAGAACACGUUAGUGUUGCAUACAGAGAGGAUAAGUUAAUGAAAUAUUUCAGCGGGAAUGGGCAUGGUGUGUGUGCGGCGGCCUUCCUUUUGCUCUUGUGCGAUAACGAAAUGGGGGAGAGGAGGAGAUUGUGGUUGGCGGCUGUGGAUUGUUCGAUGAAGAAGAAGAAGUGGAGAUUGUGAGAGGCCGAGAGUCAAAGACGCUCCAGAGAGCGGGUUUUUCUCCCGCAAGACGCUGCCGUUAGCCCCCAGCAUCAUAUUUGGAUGAUCUGGCUAUGUGUAUGUGUUCCAUGGUGUGUUGUUGAGACAUUAUUAAUUCGGUUCGCUACAAGCUGCUGGAAUCGUAAGUUAGUUAUUGUUCUUCUGGUAUGAGCCGGGCAUGUGUUUAGAUGCCUCCUUUCUCGGGAAAAUGGUCGUCCAUGGCUGGUUCGGACUGGGUGACCAUUUGUUAAUGGAUAGUUUGACCAGAAACAAUUUCCAGAGCUGUAGCUGAUCAAUUAGAAGGCGAUGAGGAUGAGCAUGCGAAAUAUCGGAGUAUGGUUGUGAAAUACAUCAGGAGGAAUCGUGAGACAUUUGAGCCCUUUAUUGAAGACGACAUUCCGUUUGUUGAGUAUUGUGAAUCCAUGGAAAAGGAUGGGACUUGGGCAGGCCACAUGGAACUACCAGCUGCUUCUCUUGUUACUAACAGUAACAUAUGCAUUCACCAAGUAAUUCACUGCCCCCCUGUUUUGUAGAGUAGGAAUUUGAUAGUAACUUUCCGACUUAUGUGUUAAUGUGGCAACUAAAUCUGUUUCUUCACUCAUGGCGCUCUGAUAUGCCAUCAAAUGACUUUUGAUUGAUUGGUAAAUCGUAUCUUUCUUUUAAACACUUAUUUACAGCAUAUGUCGCCUCAAUGAUACAUACAUAUUUUUGACAACCAUGACGCUCAGAUGAUCCAUAGAGCUUACAUUGCUUUGUUUAAUUGAUUUAUAAUAGUAAAUGGGCUCAAGGGAUAGUUGCGUAGUGUUGGAAAUUUUGAAUUUAGAGUAUGAACGUUUUUGUAAGACUAUGUAAUUGAAAGACAUGAUAGAUAGCAUUUCAGUGUUUUGAAUGUUCGAUUACAUUCCUACCUUGUGAAGACAGAACUAAAUGACACAACCUUUCCUAAUUGACACUGUGUCAGUUUUGGUGUUUUAAACACCUCUAUUCAGUUUGUUGUUUUUAUUUGUAAUGUAUAGUCAAACAAUUUUACCAUAUGAAGGAUUAUUUUUAAGCUUGACUGAAUAUCUAGCAAAAAUUUUCUAGGUGUACAUGUUUUUUUCUGCUCAAGUAUGUAUACCUGCAGAAACAUUGCAAGGACUUUGGACUAUGGAGUAUGUUUUACCAAAGGGAAUUCUGUGUGCAUUAGUAUGAAAUACGUAACAAAUAGAAAGAGUGAUUUAUUUGCAGUUCUUAUCACCUGCAAUGGACCAGCAAGGCCUAUAAACAUUAAGGUUUCUUUGAGAAUAAUCCGUUUUUACUUUUGGCUUAUGGAAUGAGAUGAUUAUUUUUAUUUAAGUUCUGGGUAUCUACGGAAGUCUAACAAUUUUUUAGUCAUAUAAAGGUUGAUGCUGAUAUUUCAGCAAAAAAACCACAGUCAAACUGUAAAGGUUUCCACCAAAGCUGUUGGGAAUGUGUUGCAGUCACGGUCUGUUAAAAUGGUUAUGUCCGGAAGUGGGUGUGAAGACACGGUUAGAGUGGAAAGGGUAGUUCAUAUGGAUCAUACUUCUGCUGUAACGAUCCUUUGGGUUUAUUUUAAAAUAUUUCAAUCCAUUGCAGUAUCACGAUGUUCUCCAUGCAUGCCAAAUAAUGAGAGCAUGAUGUCUUCCCUUUUCAUUGACAGUUUUUGGGUGUACAUUUUGGCCCUUCGUUCGACAGUUUCAAGAAAAUCAAUCAGAGAGAGUGAGAGGCCGAGAGUCAAAGAGAGCCGGUUUUUCACUCGCCAAUGCCGACGUUAGCCUCCAGCAUCGUAUUUGGAUGCUCUGGCUAUGUGUAUGUGUUCCAUGGUGUGUUGUUGAGACAUUAUUAAAUCGGUUCACUACAAGCCGCUGGAAUGGUUAGUUAUUGUUCUUCUGGUAUGAGGCUGGUAUGUGUUUAGAUGCCUCCUUUGUUUCUUAACCUUAUGUUUGUGAGAUGUUUUCAUAUUUAAGUCUUGUUGUUGCUUCCCAGCCCGUGUUUGAGAAUAUAAAUUAGAAUUUGUUUGUUCAAUCUGAAUUCGCAACCCUUAUGUAGCUAUUUUUUGCAAUUCGAUGUAUAUAUGAAUAGCUCAUGUUAAGGAGAUUCAAAGAGAAAUUGUGAAUUUGGACUUAUUAAAUCGGACUCAUUUUGUAAUUUUAUAUAUUUGAAUAGUUCCUGGAAGGAAGGAACAAAAUGAAAUGCCCACAAUUCUCAAAUAUCAUCAAGUGCAAGGACACCUAGAAGCAUUUUUCUCCUCAAGUCACUUUAUGUUAACACCACCUCCAGUAUAUUGCUGCAUGUUUAGAUGAACAAUUUCCAAACCCGGAUCUUGUGGUCUCUAAGGACAAGGUGGUCAAAGGCUGGUUGUUUGGAGAUGGGCACACAGUCCAUGAUAUCUCAACACGAACUGUGUUCAGUUAUUACACCAAGCAAACAGAAUUGAACAAAGAAACAACCUGAUUUCAGAGUAACCUUAUUUGUUGCCUUUGGAUAUGGUGGGGAACCGGAGGAUGAUUAUGAUCAUAAUAAGAAUGGCUACCUUAAUUGAGAAACAAAAGGAAUGCAAGUAUGUGAAGGUGAGGUAUGAUUCCAGUAGAUGUGCACUGCCCACUCAUAUCUUGAGGGAUGUUUUGGAUGCAAAUGGGAAGCUUGUUUUAUUUGGUGAGGGGGCGAUAUUGAUGUGUGCCACUAUAUCAAUCAAUGUGAAUGCAACAUCGUACUCAUUCAAACUUGGGAUGACAUGAUUCUUCAUCCUGCAUUAAUUGGUCAUUGCUUAUAUGUUGAUGGUGGUUUCCCAACACAUGUUGAUUGUCAUGUCCUCAAACUUUUUUUUACAUUUUUUAUGUUUUACUUCUAUCGGUGCAACAAAAGAUAAGUCGAAGGUGAUGUUGUUUUAUGAACAAACUAAAGAUAAGGAGAUGAAUUGGGUAGAAGAAAAUAGCACAGGCGGAUUAGCACAAUGAGAGCUCCUGCUCUUCCGACCUUCUGUCAUUUCUUGAUUCUUUCUUUCGCUCUAGUCAAUAAUUCCUUCGCCGCCGGGGAUUUGGCUUCUCGGAGGAUUCUGCAUCAGCCCCUGUUUCCGGUGACCUCAGAACAGCCGUCCGAUACCGACACCUCUCCUCCUCCUCCGCCGCCGCCGCAGGAGCUACCUCCAUCCGAUCCCGUGAUAUCUAGCCCCGACGCACCUUUCUUUCCGGAGGUUCCCGGCGGGCAGUCACCAGAUCAGAACCAGCCGCCGCCGCCGGGUCAGACAAAUGCGGCGUCGAGGCCAGUCAAGAAAGUGGCGAUUGCGUUGUCGGUCGGGACGGUGACCUUGGGAAUGUUGGCGGCGACGGGAUUUUACAUCUGCAAGCACUGCGGGAAACAUAUGGGCGAAUCUCAAAAGCUUGUCGGCGGCAAUCCUUCCCGCAGGGGAACGGAGGAGACAAGAAACCCGCCUUCAUCGUUUCUCUACAUCGGAACAGUUGACCCGUCCGCUCGAAAUUCGGCAGCGAGUGAGUCCAACGGGUCGCCUUAUCGGAAACUGAGAUCCGAGCGGUAUAGGCCGAGUCCGGACCUCCAACCAAUCCCGCAGCUGAGCAAGCCGCAGCCGCCUCCGGACAUACCAUCUCCGCCGGCAAUGACAUCGUCCGACGAGGAGGGCCGCAACACCGCCUUUCACACGCCGCACGGGUCCAACCACAGCAACGAAGACGGCGGCUAUUACACUCCGAUUGCGCGGAGGAACCAAGCUAAAGCCAAUAAUCAUGUCCCCUACUCAAAGAGAAGUUCCCCAAAAUCGCGCCUCUCCGCUUCUUCGUCGGAUAUGAAGCCUGCAAUUACACCGCCGUCCGUCAAGCAAUCUCCCGGUUCUCCGCAGCCGCUACCGCAGGAGCCUCCGGAUAGACCGGAGAUGCCGUACAUUCCUAAAAGAGCGAAGUUCUCCAAGCCGCCCCCUCCGCCGGACAUGUCUAGGCUUCAACUAAUAAGCGGACAACAACCACCACCGCAAACACCCAAAGCCCAAGUUUCCCGACCACCUCCUCCGCCCCCAGAUAUGCCCAGGCUUCCACUGAAAACAUCGAAACCCGAAAUUCCCAGACCUCCUCCGCCGCCGCCACCUCCUCCCCCGCCGCCGCCACUGCCGCCGCGAAAAUUAGGGACUCCCCAGAAGAAUGCCCAGUCUGGAACGGGAAACCAAGAAUCAAGUAGUCCAAGCUUCAAAACGCCACAAGAGAGUGAGAAGAGCAGCUCUUCAAAAGGUACCAGCUCUCAGGAGAGGUCUGAUUCAGAUGAAUCAAAACCCAAGUUGAAACCUCUGCAUUGGGACAAAGUACGUGCAUCCUCGGACAGGGAUACAGUGUGGGACCACCUGAGAUCCAGCUCCUUCCAAUUGAAUGAGGACAUGAUGGAGUCACUCUUCGGGUUUGAAUCCGCGAAUUCGGCUCCAACAGAAACCGCCAAGAAACUCAAACAAGCAAAACCACCCAUGGAGCAGGAAAACAGAGUUCUUGAUCCCAAGAAAUCACAGAACAUAGCAAUUCUCUUGAGAGCAUUGAAUGUAACAAAGGAGGAGGUUACCGAAGCUCUUCUAGAUGGAAAUCCAGAAGGGUUAGGUCCUGAGCUUUUGGAGACUUUGGUGAAGAUGGCUCCAACAAAAGAGGAAGAAAUUAAGCUGAGAAGCCUCAACGAUGACACCUCAAAAUCAGGAUCUGCAGAACGGUUCCUCAAAGCCGUUCUCAGUGUACCCUUCGCCUUCAAAAGAGUGGAAGCUAUGUUGUACAGAGCAAAUUUUGAUUCAGAAGUGAACUACUUAAGGAAGUCUUUUCAGACUCUUGAGGAAGCAAGUGGGGAGUUGAAGAACAGCCGGUUAUUCCUGAAAAUAUUGCAAGCCGUGUUGAGAACAGGAAACCGAAUGAACAAUGGCACCAAUCGUGGUGAUGCGAAGGCUUUCAAACUCGACACUCUUCUAAAACUUGUAGAUGUGAAAGGGACAGAUGGGAAGACGACGUUGCUCCAUUUCGUGGUCCAAGAGAUAAUCAGGUCUGAAAAGGUUGACUCCAAUCAAGUUAUUGCAGGUUUGAGCAGGGAGCUUGGGAGUGUCAAGAAAGCAGCAGGAAUGGACUGUGAUGUCCUCCAUAGCUAUGUCUCCAAGCUUGAAACCGGGCUGAGGAAGGUUCGUUUGGUAUUGGAGUGUGAGAAACCGGGUAUGCAAGGUAAGUUUUUUCAGUCGAUGAGAUCGUUUCAGAAAGAGGCAGAGGACGACAUAAGUAGGAUUAAUGGGGAAGAGAGGAAGGCGCUGUCCAUCGUGAAGGAGGUCACAGAGUAUUUCCAUGGAGAUGCAUCAAAAGAGGGGGCACAUCCCUUCAGAAUCUUCAUGGUAGUAAGAGAUUUUCUGUCCAUAUUGGAUAAUGUGUGUAAAGAUGUUGGGAAGAUGCAGGAAGCAACAGCUGCUGGUUCAUCAAAAUCAUUCAAAAUACCAGCAAAUGCUUCUUUGCCUGUUUUGAGCAGAUUUAACGCCAGACAUGAUAGGACCUCAAGUUUUGAUAGCACCUCGCCGUGAUUCAUACCACAUUUUUUUUCUGUGCAAUAAAAUGUUUAGGGUCUUUAUGGGAUAGAAAUUUGAACACCUGCAAAUAUUCAUUGUCUGUUGUAUACAUAGCAUGAAAAAAAAACAAUAGACAACGUCAAUGCCCCCGUGGAUCAUCAAUGAUUCGCAGUCCGAAUAUGAUGGG